CCCGCGGUUCCUAGUCAGAUUCGUUAACCACUGAGCCACGACGGGAACUCCUGGCUCUUUGUCAUGUCUGGCCUGGCUUGCAUCUCUCUGCGCCCAUCCACCCAUGUCCCAUGGGUAUGGGUGUGGACGUGUAUUUCUGUGUUUCUGUGUUUUCAGCGUGUCUCUCUCCGUGUCUUCCCACUCUUUGUCCCUGCCUGUGCGUGAUAUGCAAGCAGCCCUAUUUCAUGCUCUUUCUCCCUGUCCCCCUCUGUCUCUUCCCCUCUGUGAGGCCUGUGUGUGUUGUGGUUGUGUGUGUGUAUUUAGUGUGUGUUGUGUGUGUGUCCGUGCACGUCUCUCUCUCUGCCUGACUGCCUCCGUCUUGUUCUCUGUCUCUCUCUGUCUCCGCCUCCGUCUUGGUCUCUGUCUCUGUCUCUCUCUGUCUCUGCCUCUGUGAGAGCCGAGCCUGUCCGGCAGAGCAGCGGAUGUGUGAGGGAUGAUUCAGUGGCUGACAGGAAGCCCGCCGCCUUGCCUGCUGCCCGCCAGUGUCUGUGGCGUUGGCAUCGGCUCGGGCAGGUGUGUGGGCUCAGGAUGAGGUGGCCGCAGUGAGGAGCGCCUGCUCUCAGGGAGCAUCUGUGCGACAGCCUCUCCCCGUGUGUCUCUGCCUGAAUCUCCUCGGGGGCAGAAAGUCUCUGUCUUGACCAAAGGAUGGAAAUGCCAAAGGUGGGAGCUCGAGGGACCCGUCCAAGCAGCUGGAAAUAAGACACUGGGCAACGUCUCUUCUGAGCCAGGCCAGACAUGCUCGUCCUCCCAACAAUGGUUUGAGGAAACACAGGCUUGAUCCCCAUUUUAUAGAGGAGGAAACUGAGGCCAAGAGACUCUGAGGCAGGGGCAGGGGUCCCCACUCCAAGGCCAGGUGCUCGCAACCUCACGCUCUGGCGGGGGCGGGGAGCAGACCCCCCAAGUCGAGGGAGGGAGGAGGGUGUGUGGGCUCAGAGGGCGGUGAUCAGGCUCCGAGAGGAGGGGGGCCGAGAUCCACUCGGCCACCAUCCUGGGCUGACCAGGUCAUCUUUCUCUCCUGUGGGGGCCGCCAGGUCACGAGGUUUGGAAAUUCUCGUGUUCCAGCUGACUCAUUCGGUGUUUGGGGGAAGGAGAGGUGGCUUCUCCAUGUCGCAAUCAUGCGUAGAGAAUCCUCCUUGUCAUCCCGGCCACAGGGAUCCAGGAGGCCGAGUGCCCUGCAGGUAGAGUGGCCAGGAGUGGACAUGGGCCCAGAGACAGAGCUGCUGUGGCCGGGGGCGGCCCUGCUGCUGCUGGUGGGGGCCGCGGCCGGCCUGUGUGUCCGCUGUUCCCGCCCAGGUGCAAAGAGGUCUGAGAAAAUCUAUGAGCAGAGGAGCCUGGAGAAUCAGCAGAGCUUUGCAGUGGCCCGGACCUACACCUUGGUCAGGGAGGCCUGGCCAGAGCCCCUGAUGGACACGGCCUCCAAUGUGACAUCAACAAGGAAGGACAAGCUGCUGCAGUUCUCCCCCAGCCUUGAGGAUCCCGACUCCUCCAGGUACCAGUACUUCAGCAAAGGAAGCAGACCCAGAUCAGAUGCAGUCUACAUAGACCCCUUGGCGACCGAGGAUUAUUACAACUGGGGGCAGUCCCAGAAGCCCUCGGAAGAUGACGAUGACACCAAUUCCUAUGAGAAUGUGCUCAUCUGUAAGCCACCGAAAAUCGAAUCAGGGGACGAGGGGUCUGAGGAUUAUCAGAACUCGGCAUCCAUCCAGCAGUGGCGGGAGUCCAAGAGAGUCGUGGAGCCUGUCACGAGGGAAGCACCACCCUCCCCGGGAGGAAGCCCAGACGAGGAGCCCGAUUACGUGAACGGCGACGUGGCGGCCACCAAAGCCUAAGGCACACCUGGAGGAAGGAGCCCAGGAACCAUUUAUCAUCACCCCCCCAGGAUCCCUUCUCCAGAGCUGCUCAACUUCUAGACUCUCCCCAGCUGUUCCUGGAGGACCACCCAUCAGGCCACCGGGCACCCAGCCCAGGAGCAGACACUUGCCCAGGAAUGGCCCUCUGACCGGCUCCCGUGGGCGGGGCAGGAGCCUGGCACCCAGGGCAGCUGCCACGGUGGUAUGAUGCCCAGGACUUUAGGCGGUAGCAUCUCCUUAACCACACUUAAAAUGUACUACAUGGGUGUUUAUGUCCUUUUUUGCUUUGGAUCUUGAUCCCAAAAUUGCUUACUAAUGUCAGUUGCUGGGAUUUUUUCGUGAUGGAUAAGCUUGCACAGUUAACUUAUAGAGGUGGGACUGUAUGUAACGCUCUGCGCCUCUGGGCAGAGGUCUGUGUCUAUCUGGUCUCCUACAAGCAUUACAGGUACUAAACGUCAGCAGUUAGGGGAGUCCUGUGUGCCCUUCUUUGUUGACUGAUUUCGAGACGCGGCCCUGAGCCAUCCUGACGACCCUUGGAUGGGAGCGUCUGCUGUGGACGGAGAGCGUGUCGGUUCUGGAGAAAGGCAGGCAGACCCGAGUGGCCCUGAGUGACGUCACCUGGAUGCCCUAAAUCCUCAGCUGAUGGGGCAGAAACGUGACUGUCUCAUGUGAAGGGCAGGGGCCCACGUCAGAAACACGAGUCAAAAUGCCUCAUCCAACCAAAAAUGUCUCAAUAAACUGUUCCAGUUUAAGAGCAG